GUCCUAUACUGUGUUAGUAGUUGUAUUCAUAUACAGCUCAACAGGGACUUUAUUGAUUUACUGUUUUGGUUUUUCCUUUAGCAAGUGUGAGUCAUCAUCAUGUCUCUGUUGGUACAACUGAGCCAGUAAACACAUACAGUAACCCUCAACACACUCACACACACAUACAGUAUCUAUGUACAGUAGGUUCCCUUUGCUGACAUGAAAACCUAGUGAUCACAGAGGCAGAGAAAAUAAAAAGGAAGCUGGACAAUGUGACCAGUAAGUCUUUGUAUUUAAGGAAGACAAAAAGCCACAUCACUGACUUCACUAGAGUAGAGACGGUAGACUGGAUCACAGAGUCACAGAGUGAGGGGAGAAGGAGACAGGAGGUAAUAUAAGGAGUAAGGCCAGGAGACAACAACAAAACAAGCAACAACCACAGCAGGAAGAAGAACAUGGGUGGACGAGUGGCACAGAGCUGCUGGCUGCUGCUCACACUCUCUGUGGAAGGUAUUCUUGCAGGUGAUUGGUCAGUUCAUCUCCCCUCGGGUCCUAUCUGUGCUGUGACUGGUUCCUCUGUUGUUCUCCCUUGUUCCUAUGACUACCCCCAAAGUUCUAAUGAAACCGAGGAAGAAGGACGGCUCUCUGCUCAGGGUGGAGGAGAAGGACAGUACAAAGUUUUGUCUGAAAUGUGGUGUCUCGAAGACAGUCGUUGCCUCACAUCAAGAUACGUCUUCCACAGUGAUGGUAUCUUCCCAGAUCCAUCCUACCAGAACAGGGUGGAGUACCUGGGACAACCCGGAACCAGAAACUGUUCUCUGAGGAUUUCUGAUCUGAGGCAGUCGGACAGCGGAGCGCAUGUGUUUUACCUCAUCACCAGCCACCCGACAGAGAAGAUGCCAGAGCAGAGCGGUGUACAGCUGCUGGUGGCAGACUCCUCCAGUGCAGUUACAGUGUCAGCGAGCCCGUCCAGUGACAUCACGGAGGGCGUGGCCUUACAUCUGGCCUGCUGCAGCCCUGCUGCCAGUCCACAGGCUCGUUUCAGUUGGUACAAGAGCACAAGCACCAGCCUGAGACACAGUGGGCAGGUGUGGAACAUCAGUGAUGUUACAUCUGAUGACUCUGGCAGCUACUACUGUGAGAUACAGACUGGAGAUAAUGUGCAGAAGUCAGCAAUAAUGUCCAUUGAUGUAGAGUACUCUCCUCGAAACACAGCUGUCUCCGUCUCUUCUCAUGAAGUGGUACAAGACGGACAUCCUGUGACUCUGACCUGCAGCAGUGAUGCCAACCCGCCUGUCCACACAUACACCUGGUACCAGGGUGCAGCAUGUCUCCCUACAGCAGACAAAAGCUUUUAUCCAGCAAGAAUAUCCCCGGCUAGACCCACAGGAAGUGGCCUGACACUCAGCAGUUCCAGCAUCACCACUGAGCAAUGUGGGCAGCACUGCUGUGUGGCACGUAACAGACAUGGAUCACAGACUCACAGCGUCACACUCGCAGGUCCCAAAGGAGACAAAUCGUUGAUCAUCGGACUGAUUGUUGGGGCUCUACUGGUUAUUAUGGCCAUAGUGGCCAUUGUCAUAGCAAGGAGCCGGAAGCCAUCCAGACAGCAGUCGUAUGUCCUCACCGAGACAACUGCUACAGCACCUUAAGAUCUCAGCAAGUCUGGGACAAACACCCUACAACCACCAAAAGCAUAAGACGCCUUUUUUAUUUAAUU